AUGGAAGAUUCGAUGCUAAGAGACCAAAUAGAAAGAUACAAUCAAAGAUUGAGAGAUUUUGAGGAAAAGCAACGCGCUUAUAGAGGCCAACAGGAAAGGUCAGCAGAACAAGAACUCGAGGUAGGAUUUCCAGUCACUCUCAUAACUUCAUUACUAUAA